AUGGCGCUCUUUGCAAGGGUGCGGGCGCAUCAGGUCUUUGGCGCGGAUACGGAUGUGGGCAAGACGAUCUUUGCCACAGGCCUUGCGCUUGCGAGCGCGGCCGCGGGCGAGCGCGUGGCGUACCUGAAGCCGGUGUCGACCGGACCGGCGCACGAGGCGGAUGCCAGCCACCUCGCGACCUUUGCGCCGCAGGUUGCAAGCACGACGCUCGUGCAGUUCAGCGAUCCGGUGUCGCCGCACCUCGCGGCGACGCAGGCGACCGGCGCGCUCCCCGACGAGGCACAGGAUGCACAGAUCAUCCACGGCGUUCGCCAAUGGCUCAUGCAGCAGCACGGCACCGCGAUCGUAGAGACGGCCGGAGGCGUGCACUCGCCGGCACCGAGCGGCCUGUCGCAGGCGGACCUGCUGCGCCCGCUGCGCCUGCCGACCGUGCUCGUCGGCUCGUCAAAGCUCGGCGGCAUCGGCACGACGCGCGCGGCGCUCGAGAGUCUGCGCAUGCGUGGCUACGAUAUCGACGCGGUGCUCCUCUUUCCAUCGGAGCGGUACGGGAACGACGUGUACCUUGGGCGCCUGCUAGAGGAGGAGCAUGGCAUUCCGGUCUUUGCGCUCGGUGGCCCGAGCGACGGGGGGUGGGGCGCGCCCCCCAUCCGCGCGCCGACCACGGCUGAGGACGUCGCGGCGAUGCGUACGUACUAUGCUGGGCUCGUCGCGGGGCGCGACGGCGGCGGCCUCGGCAGCGUCGUCCGCCACCUCCAAAAGCGGCAUACAGACCGCCUCGCCGAGCUCCGCACGCUCGGCACGCGCACGUACGAGCAGUGCUGGUGGCCGUUCACACAACAUGCGCGGUACACGCCGCAGGAUGUGAUGGCGAUCGAUAGUGCGCAUGGCGAUACGUUUGCGACGUACAACGCCACGUCGCAGUCGCUCGACGCGACUCUCGACGGAUCCGCGUCGUGGUGGACACAGUGCUUUGGGCACGCGCAUCCCCGCCUUACGCAGGCAGCCGCCUACGCCGCGGGACGCUACGGCCAUGUCCUCUUUCCGGGUGCGGCGAACCAGCCGGCGCUCGACCUCGCAGAGCGCCUGCUGGGCACGCAGCCCCUGGCGUUCCCUGCGCCGGGGUCGUGGGCGAGCCGCGUGUUCUUUAGCGACGACGGCAGUACCGCGAUGGAGGUCGCGCUGAAGAUGGCGAUCCAGUCGUCGGCGCGGCGGUACGCGCCCCAGGCCGGCUCCAAGGCGACGCAGCAGCGCAUCCGUCCUGGACGCGCCGCCGGCUCGCUCGGCGGGCGCCCAGAGCGCGAGUGGGAGGUGCUGGGGCUGCAGGGAAGCUACCAUGGCGACACGAUCGGCGCGAUGGACGCGUGCGAGCCGAGCACGUACAGCGACCACGUCGCGUGGUACCGCGGGCGGGGCUACUGGCUCGCUCCUCCGGCCCUUGCGACGCGCAACGGCCAAGUCGACAUUGUCGCGCCCCCGUCCGAGGACUGGGAUUUCGGCACAAAGCCGCUGGGCUCGUUUGCAUCGAUGGAGGAGGCGUACGACGUCGAAAAGCGACUCGGUACACCGCUGGCAGACGAGUACCGCGCGGCGAUCAACGCGACGCUCGAGCGGCUGGUCAUUGUCGACUGCCGCCGCUUUGGCGCGCUCGUGCUCGAGCCGCUGGUGAUGGGCGCAGGCGGCAUGGUGUUUGUCGAUCCCCUCUUUCAGCGUAUCCUGAUCGACGUGGUGCGUGCGCGCGAGGACCUCUUUGCGAUGCAGGAUGCGCCGCUGCGUGAUGCGGUGAGCCCAGCAGCGGAUGGGCGCUCGCCGUCCGAGUGGCGCGGCCUGCCGGUCGUCUUUGACGAGGUCUUUACCGGCCUCUUUCGCCUGGGCUAUGCGAGCGCGACCGAAGUCCUCGGCACGACGCCGGACAUUGCGUGCUACGCCAAGAUCCUCUCGGGUGGCCUGGUGCCACUCUCGGUGACGCUGGCAUCGUCGAGCAUCUUUGACACUUUCCGCCAGACGCCGGAAAAGGUGCAUGCGCUCCUGCAUGGGCACAGCUACACGGCGCACCCCGUCGGGUGUGCGGUGGCGAACGAGACACUGUCGCUCCUCGACGAGAUGGUGCGCCGCAAGGACUGGGCGCCCUUCCAGGCGCAGUGGGGCGCCGCAUGGAGCUUUUGGGACCGCGCUUUUGUCGAGCGCCUCUCGCGCCUGGACGGCGUCGCAAGCGCCAUGGCCCUCGGCACCGUCCUGAAAAUCGAGCUGGCAGACGCGGCCGGCGGCUACGCGUCGACGGCUGCCGAAGGCCUCCUGGCCGCGCUGCGCAGCGAGCACAUCCAUCUGCGCCCGCUGGGCAACGUGGUCUACGUGAUGUGCAGCCUGAAUACCCCCCAGGCAAUCUUGUCCCAAACGCAAGCGGCGCUUGAAGCGCAGCUACGUAGCUAA